AUGGGAGUAGCGUCGUCAAAGAUUUUGGAAAAUCUCAUGGAAGGUACUAACUUCGAUAAGGAAGAAAUAGAGAGAUUAAGAAAAAGAUUUAUGAAAUUAGACAAAGAUGGCUCAGGAACCAUAGACAAAAACGAAUUCUUAACCAUACCCGGGAUAUCGUCAAAUCCUUUAGCUGCAAGAUUAAUGGACGUGUUCGAUGAAGACGGAAAUGGAACAAUCGAUUUUCAAGAAUUUAUAAUGGGGCUAUCAGCAUUUAGUGGCAAGACGUCUAAACUCGAUAAAUUGAAGUUUGCGUUCAAGAUUUAUGACAUCGAUAGGGAUGGAUAUAUUGGAAAUGGAGAGCUUUUUAUUGUAAUGAAGAUGAUGGUGGGUAAAAAUUUACAAGACGAAGAGUUGCAACAAAUUGUCGAUAAAACGAUGAUGGAGGCCGAUGAAGAUGGUGAUGGAAGGUUGAACUUUCACGAAUUCAAGAAUGCCGUAGAUUCUAAAUCGGUGGCCAGUGCUUUAACUCUUAACAUGAUUUAG